AGAGCGUCGACUAUAAUAGAUAUGCUCUCUCGUGUACCGUUUUCGCAGCGCGAAAAAAAAACCGGUUUGUACUACGCUCGACGGCGCGCGGGCGAUAGAAGGAAAGAGAACGGAUGACGAGAGGAGAGGAAAAUACGGAACUCGUCACUUGUGUGUGUGACAAACUCCGUCGUCCGCCAGAUGGCACCUCGUUAUUGAAGCCACAUCUUGCCGGAGCGACAUUACUUACGACCCCGGCUAGCCUAACUGCGUCGUCGAUGGGUCCAACCUUAGUUUCUUAUUCGCAAUUUCUAUUCGUCUCUCGUUCGUUUAAUAGAUCCCAAGGCUGUCGCUCAUUUGGACGACAAUGGCGUACGAGCACAAGUUUCUUCCCUCGCUGGACGCGAUGAAAUGGGUACGUUUUAGACAGGACGAAAAGGACAUCGCGGAGCUGCAGAUUCUGGACCAGCUUCUGUUGCCGCAUACAAAAAGCUACAUCAAGAUCGAGAGCGUUCAGGACGCCUGGAAUGCGAUCAAAACGAUGAAGGUACGAGGUGCGCCAGCCAUAGCUAUUGUAGGCUGCCUCAGCUUGUCGCAAAUGCUCAUUAACGAGCUUCACAAGCCGCUUGAGGACAAAGCAGCUCUGUAUCAAUACGUUGAGAAUAAUUUCAAGUACUUGUUAACGGCUCGUCCAACCGCUAUCAACUUGAAAACAGCAGUCGACCAAAUCACAAGCAUGGCGCGCAAAGACGUCGACAAUAAGAACGUAACUUUGUCCGAAAUGAAAAAGAAAAUUAUAGACAAAAUAGAGUCGAUAUACACGAACGACAGACGCGACAACAGGGCGAUUGGGGCGAAUGGCUUCGCCGCUAUUCUGACCGAUCCAAGAAUGCGCAGCGUCAAUCAACGGCUGCUCACGCAUUGUAACACAGGCAGUCUCGCCACCGCGGGAUACGGCACAGCUUUGGGUAUCGUCAGAUACUUCCACGAGGAGGGAAAACUUGAGCACGUCUACUUCACCGAGACCAGACCGUACAAUCAGGGCGCUCGUUUGACCGCUUACGAAUUGCUGGAGGAAAAGAUACCCUCCACUUUGAUCUGCGACAAUAUGGUUGCGAUGCUGAUGACGGACAAAAAAAUCACGACGGUCGUUGUGGGCGCUGACAGGAUUGCCAUAAAUGGUGACACCGCGAACAAGAUCGGGACUUAUCAGAUUGCGAUUCUUGCCAACUACCACAAGAUUCCUUUCAUCGUGGCCGCGCCGUCGUCGACCAUAGACGUAAAUAUACAGACUGGCGACGAUAUAGUCAUCGAGGAGCGACCCGAAAAGGAGAUGGUUUACGUAAACGACCAGAGAAUCGCACCGGAGGGCGUGCGUUGUUGGAAUCCGGCGUUUGACGUAACUCCGGCGGAUUUGAUCACGCGCAUAGUCACGGAACGUGGCUCGUACCGGCCGUCAGAACUGAAAAAAGUCUUCCAAGUAGUGGAUAGAAGAAACCCCUAGAAAACCACUAGCGGAAAACAUUCUGUUCUAAACAUGUCCAAACUAUAUUUUUUUUGUCAACAAGACUUUUAUAUUUUUUUUGUUUUUUAACUCCAAUGAUCAGUCGAACUAGCUCGGGGACAUUUUAAGAUUCAGUUGCCUACUCGCCUGAAAUUCUUGCAUUCACUUGAUUCAAACGACUCAGGGAAUCGAUUAUCAAUUUGCCUAAUGAGGCUAACCAAAGUUUGUUCUUUAGUCAUUCUGUAAUAUGUUAAGAAUUGUUAUAUGAUGUAAACUAUAUAUUACUUUUUAAGAAUAUAUUAGUUUUUUAUA